AUGUCUGCAACAUCUCCUGUUCGCGGAAAUACCACUGGCAGCUCAGGACCUUCGAAACUGCAUCCUAGAACUGGUCGGAAUACUGCAAUCGCCAUGGCCUUCUUGGUUUCUGGCUUUGCCGGAUUCUUUUUCAGUAUGAAAGUUCGCGACGACAAAAGAAGGCAGAGUGGCAAUAUGCCCCAAUAUGAGCACACAAUCUCCAAACGCCCUGGCGAAUAUCACCUGCAUGAAUCUGAUUCCUCGAUUACGAGGGCAGUCAAGCUUCCUGUUUACACGCACGAAGCCCAGCAUCACGCUCGCACUCCCGGAUGGAGCACCUCGCCCGACGGCGUUUCUCACUCUCACCACAUCCAUCAACCUGCGCCACAAAGAGGAAAAGGAGAUGGAAGCGGACAUGUAUACACGAAGAAAGUGUAG